UCCAAAACUAUAUAUUUCCAAUUAUCAUUAUUGUUGCUGUGAUAAUCAUUUGGGUACACAUUUUCAUUCAAAUAUUCAUAUUCACAUUACACAGCAACCGUCAAAAAGUCAACUUUCAACUCAUUCAAAUAUACAAAGCAAUAAAAAAUAUGAAUGGUAACUGUUGGCCAAGACUCUUAAGUACCCUCAAAAAAGCUCGUAACCUAAUUCCGGUCGCCACCCUCACCACCACCACUACCGCCGCCGCAAAUUCCCCCAAAUUUUCCUCCAUGGAUGACCUUCAAAAAACCCUAAAAACUCGCGUUUGCAUAAUCGGCAGUGGCCCGGCAGCUCACACAGCCGCCAUUUACGCAGCGCGAGCUGAGCUGAAGCCGAUCCUUUUCGAAGGAUGGAUGGCUAAUGACAUAGCUCCGGGAGGUCAGCUUACGACAACUUCCGAGGUGGAGAAUUUUCCUGGUUUUCCUGAAGGUAUUGGCGGCGGCGAGUUGAUGGAACUGUGUCGUGCGCAGUCUGUUCGUUUUGGGACACAAAUUUAUACUGAAACUGUAACGAAAGUUGAUUUUAGUAGAAGUCCUUUUAAGCUUGUUUCUGAUGAUAGGACUGUAUUGGCUGAUGCUGUUAUUCUUGCUACUGGUGCUGUGGCUAAACGGCUUGAAUUCCCCGGUUCAGGCAAUGAUGGAUUUUGGAAUAAGGGUAUAUCUGCUUGCGCCGUUUGUGACGGCGCGGCGCCGAUUUUUCGUAAUAAGCCAUUGGCUGUGAUUGGUGGUGGAGAUUCAGCUAUGGAAGAAGCUAACUUUUUAACUAAAUAUGGUUCAAAAGUGUAUCUUAUUCACAGGAGGGAUGAAUUUAGGGCAUCUAAGAUAAUGCAAAAUAGGGCAUUGGCUAACCCUAAAAUUGAGGUGAUUUGGAACUCUACUGUAGUGGAGGCUUAUGGGGAGAAGCUUUUGGGUGGAUUAAAGGUGAAAAAUGUUGUUACAGGGGAAGUUUCAGAUUUGAAUGUUUCAGGAUUGUUUUUCGCGAUUGGGCAUGAACCAGCCACCAAGUUUUUGGAUAAGCAAUUAGAGUUGGAUUCUGAUGGGUAUGUUGUAACUAAGCCGGGGACGACAUUGACCAGUGUUAGGGGAGUUUUUGCUGCUGGUGAUGUGCAGGAUAAGAAGUAUAGGCAAGCUAUUACUGCUGCUGGCUCAGGGUGCAUGGCAGCUUUGGAUGCCGAACACUACUUGCAAGAAAUUGGUGCCCAAGAGGGAAAGAGUGAUUGAUUCCUUGGUCUUGUUCCAUUGAAAUGGCUCUGGUACUGGAUUGCAUUGAUAUCUAUGUAUUGAGAAUUUGUUUCCUCGCUGCUGUUUAUGAUUGAAAAGAAUAUUAUUUUUAUUGAACGACUAUUUGGGCCAUGGUGUGUACACAGCCUUACCCCGACCUUGUGAAAGUAGAUGUUUUUUCAGACAGACCCCCUCUACUUAAGUAAAGCAUAUCAUAACUGGUAUGAAAAGAGAAUAAAUUAGUAGAGUAAUGGAAGAAAAGAAUAUUAUUUUUAUGAAUAUUUUAACAAAUUUCCCCGAA